AUGAGACUUCGAAGCUCAGGGUUCCUCAAGUGGUCGUCUCUCCCUCCAGAGAUCCGCCACAUGAUUCUAAACACCAUAGUCGACCUCAAGAAUCCACGCUGGGCUGGUUUGGCUUCCGUUUCGAAAGAAUGGCAAAGCGUCAUUGGAGUGAGGAACAUGGCCAAGCUAAAGCUUCAAACACCAUCCUGCUUCGACGGAUUCGAGAAAAUUGUUCAACAGAGACACCUUGUGAAGCAUAUCUAUCUUUGCGUCGAGCUACCGAAGUAUGACUGUACUCUUUGCAAGGCUCGUACUCGCACUCCUAGUUUUUCACGCGAUAGUUCCAUAUUCAGCCACGCUAUUGGCAAGAUCUUGUCUAUUUUGAGCACAUGGAAGACUCAAGGUCCUUUGACACUGGAACUCAACGCGGUUUCUUGCAGUAAUACGGGGCACUGGGCUAAAAACCUUCGGUUUGACGACGAUCACGAUGAAAGUCCCCGUCAAGACUUGACCUUCGCAGAAUCAACUCGGCACGAUCCCUUGCACGGUUGGGUGAACGGUACCCAGGUGAGACCUCCCUCUUUCCUUGCCAUGCAACAGCUGUUUGGGCCUCUUACACUGGGCUACGACAGCUAUGACCCUGUCACUGUGGUCACCAGCCUGUUGAUUCGUCGCCAAUUCCGCCGUUGUCUUGAGCCUUCCAGUCUAGACAGACUGUUGUCGCAGCUGGUUUGCCUGACGGACAUCAUCUACGAUCUAUGGUCAAUAAUGUAUACAUAUACAUUUCCAUGUUUCUAUUUCGAUUUCUCACGACUUAAACGUGAAGAAGCAAUAGGCAUGAUUUUGCCUAAAACACUCAAGAGUCUGAUCUUAUUUCAGCAUUCCGUUGAGCAUCAUACACAGUCCGCCUAUCAAGAUCCAAAUUACCAGAGGUUCAGAAACAUUCGGAAUCGUUUGGAUAUCCAAAAUAAAUCCAGCCAAUUUCUUGCUCAGACAAGCUUGAGACUUGAACAAGUUUCUGUCUCGUUCCUUAUUAGCGCCGGGGAAUUUCUCGCAGCCUGUAGGGAAGAAUGGACAUGGGAGCACCUGCAAUCAUUAGCGUUGAGUUUCCAAGGAAGUGGAAAGCACCACCAGGAGGGUAUCAACAGUCUACUACUCUCUACAGCAAAGGUUGCACUGCGAAUGCCGAAGCUUGAAACUUUGGUACUUUGGAGUGGAGAGCAGGGAACCACCUGUGCAUUCAUCUACACAAGAAACGAAUACUGCGCUCGAGUGGUAUGGCGAGGGACAUGGGACCUGGAUAUCAGCCAGGAGGUUCUAAAAGCAUGGGAAGCUGUUGCCGCGCUUUAUUCCUUGGAACUGACAGUUGAGCAUGAGCGUAUUCAAGAGGUUAUUCGCUCUUGUGGGGAUGCCAUACAUCAUCUUAACCUGCCCUGUCAGAUUAUUCAACCUACGUCGCUUUGGCAGAUGCGAGUAGAGGAAGCCUAG